AUGGUCCGGGCUGUGGAGUUGGAGCACCGUACCUUGCUUUCAGGCUCCGACUCAUCAUGGGCCCUUUCGGGUCCUGUGGCUGGGUUGCCCGCGUCUUCCCAAGACGUGGACUCCAGGCACCGACCGCAAGGUAACUUUGUGAAGGGCGAUGAGACUCCUGCUACGCUGCUCUCUCUCCCUCUCUUUCGCGUCAAGGCUCAGCCCUACAAAACGAGCGUGUGGCUCGGGGCCAUUCGUAAAUCCGUACGGAUCUACUCCGUGUAUCCGUACAGAUGGGAUUCGUACUUUCGUACUCUCUGCGUAGCGCCUCAGCUCGCAAGGGCCUGUGAUUGGUGCGUGUCCGCAAAGGCAGUCAGCUGGCCAGCAUCUAAUCUCUCCGCAGAUGUCUAUCCCCCGUCGUCUGGCCCCCCCCGGUUCGCAAGCUCGCACUGCUCGCACUCGCAGGAGGACGUGGACGGAGCCGACGGCGGAGGAGGCGGUGCAGCAGCAGCAGCAGCGACCAGGGGAUUCGUACCAAGCUGUGCUGUGCUGCGCUGUACUUAA